AUGCCGUCCAUAGUCAACCUCAAGUUCAAGGGUAACAAGUCCUUUGUUGCUUUUAGCAACUUGAGCGACACCGAGUCACUCACAAAAACUUGGAAGGUAGUAUGCACCAAAGUCGCUUCAUAUCUCGAGCAGGGCCAACGCCUCGAGAAUCUUUCUUGGCGACUAUGGCACUUGCAAAACCUAAUGGUCGACACCGACAAUGCAAAGUCCAAACGCGAAUUCAAGAAGUUGUCAAAGAACAUGGGUGACAAACUCGACAAAGAGAAGGGCCGUGCCAUUGAAUCUCUCGAGGCACCCGACUUCAAAAGAAACGCUUCAACUGACCUCAUCCGUCAACGUGCCGUCGAACGCGAACGUUCCCGAGAGGCUUCCCAGAACGCCCGGCCCGGUACCAUUAAGCGAAUGCAGUUUACAUUCAGUAUCGACGCUCCCCCCGGCUCAUUCCCUGCAACUUCAUCUUCAUCCUACACCUUCUCUGGCGAAGGCUCCACCCCCACCAAGCCAGACCUCAGACCUAGCGUUGAGUUCAGAGAGGGUCGCAGGCGCAGGAGAGGUGACGGAUCCUCUGGCACUAACCAUGCCUCUUCCGACUCCGCAUCCAACCAGAACGGUGUUUCUUCCUCUACAACUAACGACUCAUCUUACGAAAAAUUCGCCGCCUCGUAUGAAAAACUUCACUUCCCUCCCAUCUUUAGUACUUCAUUCGGUCCAACUGCUAUCCUCUACUCUACCCCCACCCUAUCUAACCCCAUGAGCUACGGGGAAGGUGUCAGCGGUGGCUGCGCAACUGGUUUUAGCAUUUACCGUCCGACUAUCGAACUUCCUCUAGACGAACUUUUAGGCGAGGAGUACGAUGGCGAAGAUGACCAAAUGGCUGACGCCCCCAUCGAGCAUCUAGACGAUACGAAGGAGGACGGCAACGAAGAAGGUGACGUCGUCAUGCGGUACGACGAAUAUAAUAGCGGCAAUAUUAAUAAUGUCCCCACCCAACCCGAGGGCGAGUCCCUCCUUGGCGGGUCUGCAACAGCAGCUUCUGCUGAACAAGACGUUCUCAUGAGCGAUUCUCGUCAGCAGCAGCAACCUCAGCCAUCUACUCCUGAUCCGUUCCCGGUCCCGCAAGUUCCUUCUCACUCUCAUACUCACGCUCAAUCGCACCCGCGUACUCGUGGCAAGGACCGUUCCAGUAAGACGCCCACAAACCGUCCUGUACUAACUGUACAAACGUCUGCCACCAAGAAGACUGGAAAGGCAACACUUACUGCUCCCGGCGGCGUCAAGGCUGAGUGUAGCAAUUGCGGCGCUACCCAUACCCCGCUAUGGAGAAGAGGCUUGAACGACGAAUUAAAUUGCAACGCUUGCGGUCUUUAUUGUAAAUUGCAUAAACGUCCGCGUCCAAAGUCCAUGCGUGCUAGUCAUGGAGAAGGACGACGCGGUGGUGCGUCGUCUUUGGCUUCUGCAUUGUCCACCGCGCAGUGCUACAAUUGUCACACGACUGCAACUCCUUUGUGGAGGAAGGACGAUGAAGGCAAGACCGUUUGCAACGCAUGCGGCCUCUACUAUAAGCUGCAUGGCUCUGCUCGUCCCAUUAGUAUGAAAUCCGAUAUUAUUCGGAAGCGCUCUCGACACGACUGCUCCCCCCAAGCGCUUCUAACACGCCUGGCACUCCCUUCCGAAACUCCUUCUCAAACUCAGACGCCCUCCGCGUCUCCAGGCGUUUCACGCCGCCCUACACCUUCGCCUUCGCCAAUUCUAGCAGCCAGACAGUACCACUCAACCUGCAGCAGCGAGUUGAUGGGUGCGCUGGGUGACACCUAUGCGGUGUAUAACCCCUUCCCUGGGCCAUACCACCCAGACUAUCUUAGCCAAAAUUGGGUGCCGCCCAUGCCGGCAAGCAUUUCUAAUAACGCCAAUACCACUGCCAACGCCAACUCAAACUCUAACACGACUGGGCGUACUGCCAAGCGCCGUCGUAUGAGCACUGACAGCGUGUCAGAGCCACCUAGCAGCGCGGUUUCUUACUCCUCUUAUGGAGGAGACAGUUUCAGAACGGGUUCUGGUGCGACAAGCGCAGGUACUUCUUCGUCUUCGCGGCGCAGCAGCAUGGACUUCCCGUUCUUCAGCCCUUAUACUGUAUUCCGAGGGAACGGUAACAACGCGUUCUGGCACCACUCUAGCAACGGUGGCGGUGCUGAACGCAGCCCGCAAUUCGUGCACCCUCCAAUGUUACCUGAAGCUGCUGGAAUUUCUGAUGCACACGCACACGGGCAUGGGCGUGGUGGGCAUGGGCACGGGAUGGAUUUCCUGCACCCGCCAAUGAUGCUUCCUCAGGAGGAAGAGAGUCUCUUCGCGACCUAUUUGCAUCCCCCGAUGAUUCUUCCGCAGGAGGGUGAGCAGGUACAGCAUGGGUAUGAGUAUGGACAGGGGGAGUACUACGAGACGGGGAACAUGCAGCAGUACUAG